UAUUUCACUGCUUUACCGUUACAGCUACAGAGAUUUGCAUCACAUUACAUUACAAUGGCGACCGUAGCUGCUGCUGCUGUAACUGCAAACGAGUCCCCCAAGAAGAAUAGGAUUCAGGUUUCCAACACCAAGAAACCUCUCUUCUUUUACGUCAAUCUCGCCAAGAGGUAUAUACAGCAGCACAAUGAGGUUGAGCUUUCUGCUCUCGGAAUGGCUAUAGCUACAGUUGUCACAAUUGCCGAGAUUUUGAAGAACAAUGGACUUGCCACAGAGAAGAGGGUGCUAACUUCUACAGUUGGCAUGAAGGAUGAGAACAAAGGGCGUCUGGUACAGAAGGCAAAGAUUGAAAUUGUGCUGGGGAAAUCUGAGAAGUUUGACAAUCUGAUGGCUCCAGCCACCAAAACUGAAUCAGAAGAACCAGCAGUUAAUGACAAGAAAUGACAAACAUAGGAGAGCCCAGUGAAUGUGGAAGCUGUUGUAGUUAACAUUCUGAUUCUUUUGUAUUGUUUUCCAUGAUUCAUGGACAUAAACUAUAGGGGAGUAGGAAAGGUUUCAAUGAUAAGAACAUAAAGCAGCAAAUCAGCAAUGACUGGUCAAAGUUGUAGAGAACAUAUUUCCAUUCUCACUUUAGAUUGUAUUUCUUCACUGCAUAUAUAUGAUGAUGACGAUUACAUUACUAA